GCCUUUCACCUCGUACUGCCCAUCAUCCUGCCUACAUCAGGCCGGCUCACAGGAUGCUGCGCUGAGAGGCGUCACGAACUUCUCUGCAACAACAACAGGUGUUUGAAAAAAAUUAUAAAAAUGACUGGAUUCUUCCAAAUGUUGAGAAAGAGAAAGGAGCUGAUCCCUCUGAUUGGGUUCAUGGCGUUUGCUGCAACAGGAGCCACCUCUGCUGCGCUCUACUUUCUCUUCACUAAAACUGAUGUCAUUUUGAAUAAGACCAACAACCCAGAACCAUGGGAGAGAGUGGACCCAUCAAAAUCCCAAAAGAUCAUCACCAUCAAUCAGAAGUGGAAACCGGUGGAGGAGCUGGAGCUGGUGAGGAAACUCACAAAGUAAAAAAAAAAAAAAAAAAAAAAA